GAUGAGUUUCAUUUCACCAAAAGAGGAAGAAAUACUUUUGUGUGGCUAGAUUUAAUUUCCGUCAGUUACUACCCUCCCAAUCACUCACUAGCCUAUCCCUGGGACUUCCCAUUGCUGCUAUAACAAAAUCAAAAUUAGACACCAAGAACUAUUUCCAUGUGGGUAGUUACAAAAAGAGGAGCAAUAUACUAAACAACUUGAAUUUUCUUCUUAUUUUGUCAGCAAAAACAUCUACUCAAGUAAGGCUUGCAAAUAUUCAAGAAUAAAAAAGAGCAACUGAACUUCUCUCCAUGAGCAAUUGUUUCUGUAGUGCCUCAGGACCUGUUAGACUGGAAAAGUUCUGGAACCAGAGGUUUGGAGAGGAUAAAUCACUUUCUUAGAGUCAUAGAGCUAGAAUGCUUUCAGAAGCAUAUCUCUUUGGAAUUGCCUACUGGUCUGACAACCAUCUAACUUAUACUCCUAAUGAUGAGCAAGUUGCUGAGGAAAAGACAAUAGAGAUGAACUCAACUGGUAGUAUCUCCUGUUUAUCUGCAGAUGAAGCACAAGACAAAAGUCUUCACUGGAGAUGCAAACCUCCUGGAAAUUUUAUUGCAUCAAUCUGUUCAGGAGAAAGUCAACAUAACAGGAAGCAAAAAGUGACAGUGCUGGAAUCAAGUCACAAUUCUCUCCUUGAAUGGCAAACUUCUGCUGGGGUUGAAGACUGUGGAGAUUCCAAUAUAAGUAGAGAAACCUAUUUAGUUCCUCCUUCUUGUAAAAGUAUUUGCAAGAAUUAUAAUGAUUUACAUAUUGCUGGGGGCCAAGUCAUGGCCAUCAAUUUAACUGCAGCAGAUUCUACUUUGGAGAGCAGCUUUGAAUUUGGCCCACUAUUGAAAUCUUCAGAAAUUCCUUUGCCAAUGGAGGAUUCUAUCUCAACUCAAUUGAGUGAUUUGCCUUGUAAACCCCUUCAAAGACACUCAUCUUACUGGAGAAUAACUAGCAUCAAGGACAAAAGUAUUAUACCACUUCAGAAGCCUCUUUCUAAUGCCAUGCUGAAUGAAUAUUUGGAGCAGAAAGUAAUGGAAUUAUAUAAACAGUAUUUCAUGGACACUGUAUUUCAUGAAAGUUCUCCUAUUCAGAUUCUGGGCUCAGAGCUCAUCAUGACAAGUGUGGAUCAAAUCAGCCUACAGAUAUCUCGGGAGAAAAACUUAGAAGCCGUGAAGGCUAAGGAUAUGGUUAUUAACUGCCUUUUACGACUAGUAUCCACUGAAAUCAGUACCCCUAGUCUGCAUAUUUCCCAAUAUAGCAAUGUGAAUCUAUGAAAAAGAUAUAUUGAUUCCUCUUACAAUCAAAUUCAAAGCUGUAUUUCAUUUUUUUUUUUUUUUGAAAGAAGGAAAAAGGUAUUAGGAGUGUAUGGUUCAAGUCAUAGAGUAGUUACAUAUAAUGUGUCUCAGAUGUGGAAUGAAGGACAAAACAGGAUGACAAUAAAAUGUAGAAAGAAUGCCAGGAAAACAUAAUGAACCAUUAAAAAAAAAAAACAAACAAACAAGUACAGCAGCUUAAACAAGAUAAAGACAACUGAAUAAAAGAAAAAAUAAAUGUCAAGCUUGUGUAAUAUUUCUAGAGAAGAAUAAUAAGUCAGUGAUCAAAGGAAAACAAAAAAGAAAGUGUUCUUAGUUUUUAAAUUAAAGGAUUAUCUGUAUUUUGCCCAGGAAAAUUUUCUGGUGGGAAGGGGGUAUAAUAGAGGGUAUUGAUGAGUAUUGAAAAGUAUAGAAAACUGCUAGGAUAGGCAUAGGUUAGUACUAUUGUAAAAAAGAGAGAGAGAGAGAAAGAAAAAAAGAAAAGAAAAAAAGAAAAAAGAAUAGGAAAAAAAAACAUUCCUGGGCAGAUAUAAGUUUUCUAAAUUAUUAGAAUGGGCAUAUUUAUACUUGUGCUUGUGUUUUUAUUAUUUUUCCUAUUUCUAUCAGAAAAUCAUUUAAAGUGCUAGAACUUUUCUUUUUGAUGAAGGGAAAUUUCUGGGGUUUUCCCCUUCUAUAUGGAUAAUUACUUAGGCACAAGCAUACAAAUAAGUCAUGUUCCCACAUCUACCAAGUCUCUAAAAAAAAAAAAAAAAAAAAAGAUUAUCAAAAAGUGAAAGAAACUAUGCAAAUCUGAAACUUCAAUUUGACUUUGAUAAGCUGAAAUAGCCCCCAGAAAUCAGGUAGUCUCUUAUUCCCAUUUCAUAGAUAAGAUAACUGAAGCCUGGAAAGAUUCAAAGACUAGCUUACACAGGUGACAGAAUUCACACACAGUGUAGAAUUUGGAUUCAAACCUUUGACACCAGAUUGGCUUAGUAAUAUUUUUAUUAAAGAAUAUAACAGGUUCUAUUUCUCAUUUUUGUCUCCUUGAAAGCCACACACACACACACACACACACACACACACACACACACUUCCUUAAAUCCUGCAGGAUCCACAACCACUUUUCUUUGUUAGAUUAUGGAUUCUAAGAUUAGGGAUAUCCUUGAUUGUUUAUGUCAGACUUUGUGAUAUAUAAUUACUAAUUUUUUUAACAAACAUAAAAUCUUGUAUAAUGAUAAUAAUGGUUUGAUGUGCAAUCUGUAUCUGAAAUAUUAAAGAAAUGUGAUGUAUCUGUGA